GCGGCUGCUGCACAGCGGCUCCACCUGACGGAGACCCCGGCGGAGAGCGAGCUGGCCUCGGGGACCUCCCGGAGGAGUGGCCGGGCCAGGAGCACGCUGCGCUGGUUCUCCACCGCGGUCCUGUAUGCAGCCUUCCUGGGGCUGGUGAGAGCUGAGGCUGUACCCCUCCCAGAGUGGGGUGCGAGCCUCCUGCAGGGGAUCUGCUCUUUCCCCUGGACUCACCUUUCCUGUCUCAUGUUGUGUGACCUUGGGCACUUUAGUUUCAUCCACUAAUACAGUUUUAAUCAUGAAGGGCCACUGUCAAGAACGCGGUUGAUUUUGUCUAACAAGUUUUCACCACACAGUCUGUCUUCUUAGGGUCCCUCAGAGAACUGGGGAGACUGAAAAGAGGUUGCCAAGGGAAUGAGUGUUGCUAUACUGGGACCCACAUUUCAAGACCUGGCAGAGAACGUGAACAGAAAUAUCAGCAGCCUGUCUCUUAUAUUUGUGGGCCGUGCCUCUGGGGUAUUGUGUGGCACCAUGAUUGGUGGGGUUCUCUUUGACCACAUGAAUCAGUACUUUCUCUUGGGGAUGUCAAUGGUGGCAACGACAGUGGGCCUUUAUCUCAUCCCUUUCUGCAAGACAGAAGUCUUAUUGAUCAUUACCAUGUCUGUCUUUGGGGCUGCCAUUGGUGCCGUGGAUACAGGUGCAAACGUCCUCAUCUUGGCUCUAUGGGGUGACAAAGGAGCCCCACACAUGCAGGCCUUGCACUUCAGUUUUGCCUUGGGUGCUGUCCUGGCUCCCCUGUUGGCUAAAUUGGCCUGGGGAACAUCAGCAUCCACUCAGAACCACACAGCGCCUGGCUUUGACCCUCUAGUGUUGAACGGAUCCUCCAAAGCUACCACAGACUCUCUGUUUGCAGUUCCUGAGAACAUGAACCUGCUGUGGGCAUAUGCUUCCAUUGGCACCUAUAUUUUAGUAGUUUCUCUCUUUCUGUUUGGUCUGUUUUGUAUUAAACACUCAAGACAGAAAAAAUCCACGGCAUCUGCUCAGAGAGCUCGAAGAGCUAAAUAUCACAGGGCCCUGCUCUGUCUCCUCUUCAUGUUCUUCUUCUUUUAUGUUGGAGCCGAGGUGACAUUCGGCUCUUACAUAUUCUCCUUCGCCACCACCCAUGUUGGCAUGGAAGAAAGUGAAGCAGCCGGCUUGAACUCCAUCUUCUGGGGGACCUUUGCUGCCUGCAGGGGCCUGGCCAUCUUCUUUGCAACAGUCCUAAAGCCUGGAACCAUGAUUGUGUUGAGUAACAUUGGCAGCCUUGUCUCAUCUUUCUUUCUGGUGCUUUUUGACAAGAGCCCUCUUUGUCUCUGGAUCGCAACUUCUGUGUAUGGAGCCUCGAUGGCAACCACGUUUCCCAGUGGAGUUUCCUGGAUUGAGCAGUACACCAGCAUCAGCGGGAAAUCUGCAGCAUCCUUUGUAAUUGGUGCUGCUCUAGGAGAUAUGGUGAUGCCUGCAGUAAUUGGAAUUCUUCAAGGACACUACCCAGAUCUACCAAUCGUUCUGUACACCUGUCUGGGGUCGGCCAUAUUCACUGCUGUUUUAUUUCCUGUGAUGUAUAAGUUAGCCACCUUACCCCUGGAACACCCACACAAAGGAAAAAGAAAACAAGAGGACCAGAAAGCUUUGUCCACUAGUUCUCGGCUAUGAGCAAGAGACUAAAUGGGAAGAUACAAAACAGAAAGGGGUGAAAUGGAUUUUGAAGUAGUUGAAAUGAGUGACCCAAUGAUACCAUCUGUAAGGGGGUCAUCUCAAGAUGUUCUGCUAGAACCCACAGAAGUGUCCUUCUACUGUACCCUCUGCAGUUAAUAAGGGCAAAACUCCUGAGACACUCGUGGACAAAAGGGACAUAUACUUAGAGAUGAUGAAAUACUUAGUGACUUUGCUGAAUAAAGAGUUCAAUCAGC